AUGCUAGCGCAGCGAAUACUGUGCUCCUAUUGGCUUUUUGGACCACCAAUCACCAGCCUACUUCCUACUCUCGCCUGUUCGAUGGAGACGGACAUAUUUCCAGCGCCUAAGUCUGCGACAGCAGGUGAUACGCUUUACUCCGCGUUUCGUCUCAACAGCAUGGAGGACAUCCAUAAAGAACCCCUUAAAGUUAUAUAUUUACCCAUUGAAGGAACUCAAAACGUGUGGAUGUACACCACUAUCUUGGCUUUAACAAUUUUUGCAUACUUCCUGCUGAAAGGAAUCAGGUCAAUGUGGAACGACGUCCCAAAGUUUGGAGCACGUUCAAUAAUACGGCAGAUGUACUCGGUGAAUAAUGGUGCUGGUGACGGGUGGACUCGCAUAGAUGGUGCAAGAGGGCUCGCCCUCUCUGCCCCUCUGGCCUCUACCUCCACCUCCGAUUCAACAUCGACGCAAGUUCGCAGGAAUGCUCACUUCUACCCCUCCGAGGCGACAUCAGCCAAUGGCUGCGGGGAGUGUGCCUGA